CAUGCGCAUGUGCCAGGCUUGUGGAGCUCUCUGACGCCUCUGUUAUGAGGCGUGUUUUGCAAAGCUGAUUUUUGCAUGCGGAUUGUGCGGAUAACACGGUUUCCCCACUGACAGCGAAGCGGCAGCACCAGUGCUCCAAGGCGGCUGGUUUCAAAGAGAAUCAACUGCUGUCUGCUAGUGAGCUCACGCUAGCUGACGCAGAAUGUUCCCAGCUGGAAGAUAUUCAUGCCGAGCCCAUAGGUGUAUCAGGGCUUGGAAAAGUGUCCAGACAGAGCACUUUGCCCCUCAGGUGUACACAGCACUACACAGAAGGACAUGUUCGUCAGCAUCGGUACCUCGCAUCACCACACACUACACCGUCCACCCUCGGGAUAAAGAUCAAAGAUGGGAAGGAAUCGAAAUGGAGAGGUUCGCGGAUGAGGCAGAUGUGGUGAUCGUAGGUGGGGGCCCUGCAGGUCUGUCAGCAGCCAUUCGUCUGAAACAGCUAGCCAAGGAGCAGAACAAGGACCUGCGAGUGUGCCUCGUGGAGAAAGCCUCGCAGAUUGGAGCGCACACACUGUCUGGAGCCUGUCUGGAGCCCAGUGCCCUGUUUGAGCUUUUUCCUGACUGGAAAGAACGAGGGGCACCUCUUAACACUCCAGUGACUGAAGAUGUGUUCAGCAUUUUAACAAAGAGUCACAGAAUACCUGUCCCAAUGUUACCAGGUCUGCCUAUGAGGAACCACGGGAACUACAUUGUGAGGCUGGGUAACUUUGUGCGCUGGCUGGGGGAGCAAGCCGAGGAGCUCGGAGUGGAGCUGUACCCAGGUUAUGCUGCUGCUGAGGUUUUAUUUCAUGAAGAUGGAAGUGUUAAAGGAAUUGCAACCAAUGAUGUAGGCAUCGCCAAAGAUGGCUCCCCAAAGGAUGUGUUUGAGCGGGGGAUGGAGCUCCACGCCAAAGUCACUUUAUUUGGAGAGGGCUGUCAUGGUCACUUGGCCAAGCAGCUUUACAAGCAGUUCAACCUACGUGAGAGCUGUGAACCGCAGACCUACGCCAUCGGCCUGAAGGAGCUGUGGAUGAUUGAUGAGAAAAAGUGGAGGCCGGGCAGAGUGGAGCAUUCUGUGGGUUGGCCCCUAAAUAGAAAUACAUAUGGGGGAUCUUUCCUGUAUCACCUGAAUGAAGGAGAACCAUUGGUGGCCUUGGGUUUUGUGGUCGGGCUGGACUACUCCAACCCCUACUUGAGCCCCUUCAGAGAGUUCCAGCGCUGGAAACAUCAUCCGUUUGUGGCUCGUACUCUGGAGGGAGGCAACAGGAUUGCAUAUGGAGCCAGGGCCCUGAACGAGGGAGGAUUACAGUCCAUCCCAAAGCUGACUUUCCCGGGAGGGCUGCUGAUUGGCUGCAGCCCCGGUUUCAUGAACGUACCAAAGAUCAAAGGUACCCACACAGCUAUGAAGAGUGGCAUGCUGGCUGCCGAGGCCAUUUUCCCCAAAGUCACCGCAGAGAGCACGGAUUCACAGACGGCAGGACUUCAUGUACCUGAGUACAGUGAGGUCUUAAAGGGCUCCUGGGUGUGGAAGGAGUUGCACUCAGUGAGGAACAUCCGGCCGUCCUUCCACAACUACUUCGGCCUGUACGGUGGGAUGAUCUACACCGGGGUUUUCUACUGGAUGUUGAGGGGAAAAGAGCCGUGGACACUUAAACACUGUGGUAGAGAUGCCGACCAGCUGAAACCGGCUAAGGAUUGUUCUCCAAUAGAGUAUCCCAAGCCUGACAACAAAAUAAGCUUUGACCUGCUCUCCUCGGUGGCCCUGAGUGGCACCAACCAUGAAGGGGAUCAGCCCCCGCAUCUCACGCUAAAGGACGACAGCAUCCCCGUGAGCCAGAACCUGGCCUUGUACGACGGGCCGGAGCAGCGCUUCUGCCCAGCAGGUGUCUACGAAUACGUUCCUCUUGAAACCGGAGAUGGGAUGAGAUUGCAGAUAAACGCUCAGAACUGUGUCCACUGUAAGACCUGUGACAUCAAGGACCCAAGCCAGAACAUUAACUGGGUUGUGCCCGAGGGAGGCGGAGGACCAGCCUACAAUGGAAUGUGAACAGAGUUUAGUUUUUUAGUCUUUUCGUGCUCAGAGAUUACUGUAAUGUACAGUGACACAUUUAAGGUUGCAGUACUGACCAGCCAUUGGUAUUUGUGCCUAAAUAUGGAACUGAAAACGGUCGUGUAGCUGUCUGAGGGUAUGAAGUAAUAUCCAAUUAGGAUAUCAGGAGAAAUGGCAUUAAAUUAUACAGUAGGUAUUAAGUUUAAAUGUGGCCCAUGGGUGAUUAAACCCAUUUAGUAAAACAGGACCAGAUAAAAAUGAAGUUGAGAGCAGUUGUUAGAACUGAUACUGCUGUAACAUUCACAGUAAGGCACCAGAAACUGUUCACAAGGGUUUAACAGUUGUGUAAUGACAGUAUUGUAAAUACUACUAGAUAUUACAGUAAAGAACACUUCAUUUGUUCUUAUGGAUUUAUUAACCUCUGAAAAAUGACAACAAAAUGAAUGCACAGUUUGCCCAAGGGCACCGUAUCAAAAUGAUCACAUGGAAUUAAACUCUUCUUUGAACUUG